AUGGCCACUAAGAAACAGUCGAAACUCAAGACAUUUGUAGAGUCCAACUUUGCAGAGUUUGGUCAGCAAGACUCAGAGCGCUUGAAAGCAUUGUAUUCUGAUUUUUCCAAGCUGUGGCUGUUGAACAAAUAUGCGUACGAUACCAACAUCAGCUACUGGCGCAGAGUGAUCUUGGAUUGCAGUCAACAAGGCUAUUUGGAGACACCAGAUUACUCGCUCAUCGUUGACAAAGAUACCCUAGCUGAAAAGUUCCAAAGACCCAUCAUUGGAAAGCCUCUCUCAUUCGACUGCGUCUUGGAAACGAUGGAGAAGCAAGAGGAACUGAUAACUCUGGAAGCGUUCAACGAGAAGUUUGCGCCGCCUACAACAUGGCUCGGUUGGAUUGUGGACACGGUCGUAAAGAAUACAUGGCAAUGGCGGUGGAGAGCAUUGCCGGCCUCACUGACACAUCCUGCAACACAAUACGUCGUUUUACCCACUGUCAAGGCACUGGCAAAGGCAAUCAUGGCACAGCAUUACCACAACCCAGCAGACACACACAUCAUGACUUUGGCACAGUUCAGAUCAGCAUAUGCCCACCAUUUUGUCAACGAAAUUAAUUUGACCGAGUCAGACAUGACCCUAUUAUUGAGAUAUAUGCACUCACAGCAUGGUGUUGCAUUGGCAGAUAAUGUGAAAGGCUAUGGUACACACUACAUGGUGAUCAAGUUUCCUCAGAGAGAGGAUCAAAUCGCUACUAUCACUCAGCAUGAUGAGGCCCUCAUUAGUAUUCGUACAACAUGUCAUGCACUUUCUGUUCAGGUUGACGAGUUGCAGAAGAAAUCAGAAGAGUUAGGACGUCAAGCAUUGGAUGAAAAGAAACGUGGGCAUACAGCAAAGGCCUUAUAUUGUAUGAAGAGAAAAAAGAGUUUACAGGAGAUUCUGGAGAAACGUCUCAAGUCAAUGGAAACAAUGGAUAUUGUGCUCAUGAAAAUUGAGUCAUCACAGGACGAUCUACAAGUCGUACAAGCAUUUAAUAUGGGUGCAGAUGCAUUACGAGGAUUAUUAGACCAAGAUGGUCUCUCUAUCGAAUCGGUGGAUGAUGUGAUGCAAAAGAUACAAGACACGUUUGAGGAUCAAAAGGAAAUUGAGGAUGCCUUGAGGAUGGGAAACGAGGAUAUUGCUGGUAUAGACGACGACGAGAUUGAAAACGAACUUUCGCAACUUGUGCGAGAUGAACGCAUUUACAACAAGACGCCAUCGCCUGUGCCGGUACAGGCACCACCACCAAGCAGAAAUUUAGCGCAACCAGAGGCAGCACCUUUCUCAUCGGAUACAGCCAACGUGAAUUCAGAAUUAUCCAGACUAAGUCAAAUAUUAGCACCAGUAAAAAGUGUGCCUUCAUCCAUCACACCACCUCCUACCAAAGAGACUAGCGAGAGCUCUAAAAAGAAAGAGCUGGCCGCAUAA